AAUGAAUCAGUCAGGCCCGACUCUUUUUAACUUCAAUGGAAAGAGUGCCCUUACAAACAAUGCAAAACAAGAAAAUAUGCACGCCGAUUUGAUUGCUUCAUAGUUUAGUGACUAUGAAUUCUCCUAAUCCAUAAUUUCUUCAUGGUAUGGGAAAAUCGAGAGGCAAAAUGGGAAGAAAGAAAGGAUGGUUUAAGAAGGGACAUCUACCUGGUGUUCAUGAUGUUAAGAAAGAAGAAGACACUGAAACUGAAGAUUCAGCAAAGAAGCUGAAGACUGAUUUGGAUGAAGAAAGUGAUGUCUCUGAUGAUACUGUAUAUAAAUUUGACUUUGAUUUGGAUGAGCUCAUUGGAUCAACUUUAACAGACCUAACAGACCUAGAUAAAGAUGAAGACACAAUAAAAUAUCGUCAGACAUUAAAUAACUUCUCAACUCAGCUUAAAACAGUUGAAUCCAAACAAAAGCAAGUGACCAAAAUUUUAGAUGAAUGUGAUGAAAAGAUUCAACAAUAUAGAGAAGAAUUGGAAGAUCUUGAUAAAGAAGAAGAACAGAAAGAAGCUGCUGCAGAAUUGGCUGCCAAAGAUGCUGCCGAAGCCAACCUAAAGAAUGAGGAAACUGACAGUGACGACGAUGUACAGUUUAUAUCCGAAAGUUUUGAUCAAGAUGUUGCAAAUAAGAAUAAAACAAUCGUAGAACAAAGUACCAACUUGAUCCAGACACUGAAUAACACUUCACCUAGUAAAGGGUCUAGAACCAUUAUCCUCAAAGUACCAGCUAGUCAAGCAAGUGCUUUCAGUGCAAAUGCUAGUCCAGAAGUGGGAAAAUCUAAACUAGAAAAUCUACGGGCAGCUUUAGCAGCUACCAUCAACAAACAAGUACACCAAGUUAUAACAAGCACCGCUUCACCGCAACAAACAGUGCAAAUGGCACCACCAGGGACCACUGUACAAAUAAUUAAGGGUCCUGAGGUGGCCAAUGGCAGACAGGUUAUUUACGGAAGUCUAACACUUACACAGACAGCAUCAGCUUAUUUUCCUGCAGUAGAAGCUUUAGCUCGAGAUUCAAAGGUGUAUGGUAAAAAAAUGAAUGAAGUAUGGUAUCGUGGAUCAAUUGAAAAUAUUCAGAAUAGUCAGCUUCCUGUCAAUGAGAGAAAAUAUAUGAUUAAGUUUGAUGGAAAAGGAAGAAGGGCACUGUCUGCCAGGGAAAUAGCUUUCAGAGAUCAUAUAAACAUAACUGUAGCUGUGGGUACCAGAAUAGUUGCUUUGUAUAGAGACGAAGAGUCAACUGCCUCGUUCUAUGCAGGGAUCAUUGCUGAGACACCAAAUGGCAGGAACCAGUUCAGAUACUUGGUAUUCUUCGAUGAUGGCUACGCUCAAUAUUCUUCUAAACAAGAAAUUCACAAAGUUGUUGAUCAAAGUAUCAACGUAUGGGAAGAUGUGCAUCAAGACUCUCAAGAAUUUAUCAAAGAAUAUCUUAAGCAGUAUCCUGAGCGACCUAUGGUUAGACUGCACAAAGGACAACAAGUUAAAACAGAGUGGAAUGGGAAAUGGUGGACAGCAAAAGUUGUUGAAGUGGAUGCCAGUCUGGUUAAAAUGUUUUUCCUUGCUGACAAAAGAGAAGAACUUAUUUACAGAGGAUCAACCCGAUUGGAACCUCUAUAUUCAGCACUUGCUAAUCAGGAACAAACUAAAAUGACCGGGAAAGUAAAAAGACAUAACUUAGAUAGUUCUAAACAGAAAGCAGUGGUGGAGUACACCAGAGGGCAGUCUAGUGAUAAUACUAACGAGGAAGGUUCAGCUCCUAUAAAAAUUGAAAGAUCACCAAGUCAAGAAGGUACAAAGAAAAGAGCUGUUGCCCGAAAAAGCACUUCAGGUGGAUCUAGGACAAUGUCCUCAUCAGAAGAUAGUUCAGGUCCCUGGCAGGCACCUUGGCUGAAAAAGGAACUGCCACAGCAACAGCCACAUCAACAGCCUCAUCAACAAUCUCUUCAACAGCCGCCGCCACAGAAAAAGAAACCAGAAAUUACCCAAAUAAAACAAGAAAAUAGCUCUGCGGCUAAUUUACAGAAAUCUACAGACUUUAUAGCCAGUAGUAUAAGCAGUAACAAAGCUGGGAAGGAUAUGGCCAGUCUAUUACAAGAAAGAUUGUCCAAAACGGCUGACCCCUCUGAUGAUAUUGAAGAAUGCAUGGGGGAGAGAGUUGAAUCCAAAGUAAAUGUUCCCAUCCAGAACAGACAGAAAGAGCAUAUGGAUCCACACAGCUGCUGUCAUAAGUGUUUGAAAGGUUUAGAAGAUGAUCCGGUGAAAUUCAGGGGAACUAACCCAUUACUCAUACCACUCUUGUGUGGCUGGGAAAGACAUGUAUGUAAAGUAAAGCCAGGUGGAAGACGCAUGGUGGCCUAUAGAGCACCCUGUGGCAGACGGCUACGUAACAUGCAGGAGUUAGAUAAAUAUCUAGGGUUGACAUCCUCUCAGAUGACAAUUGAUCUCUUUUGUUAUGAUCCUGUAUUACAUGUUCACACAGAAUUUGUUCCUGUAAAGACAUUCUGUGACAUCAAAGAUCUGUCAUACGGGAAAGAAAGUGUUCCUAUCCAGUGUGUCAAUGGUAUAGAUAGACAGUAUCCCGACUAUGUAGAAUACUCAAAUGUCCGUAUCCCAGCCAAGGGAGUUAAUCUAAAUCUUAAUCCAGAAUUCAUGGCAUGCUGUGAUUGUACAGACAAUUGUAGAGAUAAAUCUAAAUGUGCCUGUCAGCAACUAACUGUAGAUGCCACAGCAGUCAGUUCAUCUGGGAAACCUAAUCCCAAUGCUGGUAUGGAACACCGACGUCUUAAAGAACCUCUAAUAACUGGGGUGUUUGAGUGCAAUGCAAGCUGUUCAUGUGAUCAACGUUGUAUCAAUAGAGUAGUACAGAAUGGCCUUCAAGUCAGACUUCAAGUAUUCAAAACAGAGAAAAAAGGAUGGGGUCUCCGUUGUUUGGAUGAUUUGGCAAAAGGAAACUUUAUAUGUAUAUAUGCAGGUCAGCUGCUAACAGAACAAGGUGCAAAUGAGGAUGGACAACAGUUUGGUGAUGAAUAUUUAGCGGAAUUAGAUUACAUAGAAGUGGUAGAGAGACAGAAGGAAGGUUAUGAAAGUGAGGCUGACAUGGACGAAGGACUUGGUGACGGGAGCGAUGAAGAGGAAGAUGUUGACGAUACUGACGAUGAAGGGGCCAAUCUAUCUCAUAAUGACACAGACAGCGAUUUUUCUGGUGAUGAUUAUAAGAACAGUGGACAAUCUGGCACAGCUCAAACCACAAGAAGGUCAUCAAGAAACAGAACUGAUGCGACAGGGAAGCAGUUAGGAAAAAUAGUUCUACGAAGAGAUUCUUCUAGGUCAGGUGUAAAAGAUGAAGAAUGGAGUGUAAAAUCAACCCCAGUGAAACAACAGUCUUCGAGUGAAAGUCCAAUAAUGAUUGAUGACGAUGAAGAUGAGUUAGACCAAGAUAAAAAAUCAUCUUCUCAGUCUGCUGAAGUGAAGCAGUCAGCAUCAGCCGAUUCUAUGGGUGACUCUGAUUCCCUGCCAGAUCUAGAUGCAGAACCAGUUGUUCAGGAAACAGAAAAGCAAAGAGAGAAAGAAAAGAAAGUGGGAACCAAAAAUAUUACUCAAGAAAGAUCCAGACGUGCUACUCUUGCCCCAGAUGAACCUAAUUUGGAAGAUGUUUAUCCAGAUGAGGAAGGUGUUAAAAGAUUUGCAAGAAGGAGUACUACAGCAAACAAGACUUCUCGCUUUAAGAACCUCCCUGAUCCGAGGAAGAAAUUAACAAAUGUCAGAAUGGAGGAUGUCACCAAAGAAGAAGAGGAAGAAGAAGAACAAGAAGAUAUGAUAUCAACUCGUUCUUAUUUUCAAGACGGACAAGAAUGUUACAUAAUGGAUGCUAAAUCAAUGGGUAACAUAGGAAGAUACCUUAAUCAUAGCUGCACACCAAAUGUGUUUGUGCAGAAUAUAUUUGUUGACACACAUGAUCUCAGAUUCCCCUGGGUCACAUUUUGGGCUGGACAAUAUAUACGUGCAGGAACAGAAUUGACAUGGGACUAUAACUAUGAAGUUGGCAGUGUGCCUGGAAAAGUUCUAUACUGUUAUUGUGGUUCUUCAGACUGUCGUGGAAGACUGUUAUGAAAUUACUUUUUAGUUACAACAAGGGACCAGUCGUUAGGUGUUAAGCUUUAUUCUUUAAGUUGGUGUAUUUUCUCAAAGUUUACAAGUGAUAACUAAUUCUUGUAAUUUGUUUAUUUUUAUAAAGUAAUAGUGAACUAAAUGAAUUACAGAUUGUUUCUAAAAAAAUAUGAAAGAAUUAAAUUGGGAAGUGAAAAAUGAA